CUCAACCACAAAGGCAUAGAAUCAAACUGCUUGUUGUGGACACGCUGGCUUCUUUUUCUUGUGGACAUUAUGGCUAAUAACACAACGAGUUUAGGGAGUCCUUGGCCAGAAAACUUUUGGGAGGACCUUAUAAUGUCCUUCACUGUAUCCAUGGCGAUUGGGCUGGCAAUCGGAGGAUUUCUCUGGGCGCUUUUCGUUUUUCUGUCUCGAAGAAGAAGAGCCAGUGCGCCCAUCUCACAGUGGAGUCCUACCAGGAGACCCAGGUCUUCCUACAACCACGGCCUCAACAGGACUGGGUUCUACCGCCACAGUGGCUACGAACGGCGAAGCAACCUCAGCCUGGCCAGCCUCACCUUCCAGAGACAAGCUUCCAUGGAGCUGGCAAAUUCCUUCCCCAGGAAAUCAAGCUUCAGGGCUUCGACUUUCCAUCCCUUCCUUCAAUGCCCACCGCUUCCGGUGGAAACUGAGAGUCAGCUGAUGACCCUGCCUGCCUCCACCACCCCAUCUACCAUCAGCACUGCACACAGUCCGAGCCGGCCAGACUUCCGCUGGUCCAGCAACAGCUUGCGGAUCGGCCUUUCCCCACCGCCCCCACCUGCCUAUGAAUCCAUCAUAAAGGCAUUUCCCGAUUCCUGAGUCUGGGCUUUCGUUGUUUUUAAUUCUUUUUUUAAAAAAUUGUCUGUUUUAGAAAGAAAAUGAUAUAUAGGGUAAAGAGAAUUUGGGAGCCGUGGCUCCAAUGAGUAAUUUUCCAAGUAGACAGGUUCAUGAAAACUGACCAUUACCGAUAAGGCACGGUUUCUUUUGAACAUGUUUUUCUCACUAUGUCUCACAAAAGUAUUUUCUCAAAAAGUCCUACCUAUAUUUAUGUAUUUUUUUGAUUCAGUGUGAGGCAUCAGAUUAAAGAUACCGAUUCAAGAUUCUA